CAAGAUGAGCUUCUUUAUUCGUCAGAGAUGGCAUGACCACAGAUUGGCAUUUAGAGGGCGCUUUGAUUUCCCAAAGAUCGAGUUGGAUACGCGUGUAAUGUCCAAUGUAUGGGUUCCCGAUCUAUAUAUUAAGAACGAGAAAAAAGCGAAUACCCAUUCAGUUACUGUUCCAAAUAAACUAAUGCACAUUUACCCAGACGGCCUGGUUGUAUACAGCAUGAGGGUGACAGGGACAUUCUCUUGCCAAAUGUACCUUCACAAAUACCCGUUAGAUCAACAGACAUGUUCAAUACAGAUGGAGAGUUAUGGAUACAGUACAGAUACUUUGAAAUUUCGAUGGAAUGACAUUCCUCUGGUUCAAAGACCAAACUUAACACUGCCACAAUUCGAAAUUGGACACAUUACUAACCAUACAUGUGACAUUACUUACGCUAACGUUACCUUUACUUGCUUGGGUAUUGAUAUCGAGAUGAGCCGUGCAUACGGAUAUUAUAUUACACAAGUGUAUAUUCCAAGUCUUCUUAUCGUCUGCUUGUCAUGGGUGUCAUUUUGGCUGAACAUUGACGCAAUUCCAGCCCGAAUUUCCUUGGGUUUGUUGACAAUUCUUACAAUGACAACACAAAGUUCUGGAGCACGUGCCACGCUUCCACGUGUAUCUUACAUCAAAGCUAUAGACGUCUGGAUGGCAACAUGCUUAGUGUUUGUUUUUGCUGCUUUGAUAGAAUUCUCCUAUGUAAAUGUAAAGGCAAGGGUUCAACAACGGAGGAAGUCUUCUGUGAAGGAAUUACCUCUUCUUCUACACGGAAAGGAAGAUGGUAGAAAAGAGAGGCCUCAGUUGGACAGCGAAAGUCGAGACGAAGCGAGACGCGUGGAUAAAUUGUCUAGAAUCAUAUUUCCUCUAGUCUUUCUUUGUUUUAACGUCAUAUACUGGUCCGUGUAUUCUGUUUGGGUUCCAGAAAUGCAAAGGAAAGACUGAUACAUCAAUAUUAUACAAGUUUCAAUCCUGUUUUGAUACUCCGCAACCUUUAAAUGAACCCGUCAUUCCAUGUCAUUUUGUCAGUCGUAAUCAUCAUGUUAUGAAUUUUUUUUAUUACUUUUAUGAUGCUAUCACUACAAAUCCAGACACAGAGGACAUACAGUACACUGUAUACAUGUCUGGAACACCUUAGCUAUUUAUAAAUGGAUAUUUUUUGUGAUGGCACUAUCUUCACAUGUUCAAGUUGAAUGCUUAUAAAAAUUUUCAAAUGUAAUCUCAAUCAUUAUUUGAUAUUUAUAUUAACAUAUUAUUGAAUGAUAACA